AAAUAAAUUAUGUCAAACAGCGUUAUAGUGCUUAGUUAAUGUUUAGUUAAGGUAUUUAGAAUUUUGUGGUCGCCACUGUGAAUUUCAAUGUGUUACAAUGAAGAAUUAAUUACAAGCAGGGCGUAGUUGUAAUUGCGACAUGGCAUCCCGCAGAUGGUUUCACCCUAACAUAUCAGGAUUAGAGGCAGAGCGCUUAUUAAUGGAACGAGGUUAUGAUAGUUCCUUUCUGGCACGUCCAAGUUCAUCCAAUCCUGGUGAUUUCACAUUAUCUGUAAGACGAAAUGGUGAAGUGACUCACAUUAAAAUACAAAAUACAGGAGACUUUUAUGAUCUUUAUGGAGGUGAAAAGUUCGCUACAUUAUCAGAACUUGUACAAUUUUACAUGGAAAAUGGUGGACAGCUUCGUAAAAAAAAUGGAGAGAUAAUAGAGUUGAAAUAUCCUUUGAAUUGUGCUGAUCCAACAACUGAAAGGUGGUUCCAUGGCCAUUUAUCAGCAAAGGAAGCAGAACGAUUGAUGAUGGAAAGGGGAAAAAAUGGAUCUUUUCUAGUUCGUGAAUCACAGAGCAAACCUGGUGAUUUUGUAUUAUCAGUUCGUACUGAUGACCGUGUUACACAUGUUAUGAUACGAUCUCAGGACAAUAAAUAUGAUGUGGGAGGAGGAGAUAAAUUUGAUAGUCUUAGUGAUCUCAUAGAGCACUAUAAACGUAAUCCAAUGGUUGAAACAAGUGGAAGUGUUGUUCAUCUCCGACAACCAUUCAAUGCAACUCGUAUAAAUGCUAGCGGAAUUGAAAGCAGAGUUAGACAGUUACACAAAGAAAAUGGGUGUUCUAACGGGUUAUUAUGUCGAAAUGGCGCGACAGAUACUAAUGAAGGCAGUACAGGUCGUGGUAAAGGAAAAGCAGGCUUUUGGGAGGAAUUCGAAUCAUUACAACAACUAGAAUGUCGUCAUUUGUUUUCCAGGAAAGAAGGUUUAAGAUUAGAAAAUCGAGCAAAAAAUCGAUAUAAAAAUAUUUUACCGUUUGAUCACACGAGAGUACGCUUGAAGGAUGUUGAUCCUAAUAUACCUGGAUCAGAUUAUAUCAAUGCUAAUUAUAUCAGGAAUGAAGAAGGUGAUGGAGCUGCACCUGGUAUUAGUGGAAAUGAUGUUGGACAGUUUAAUAAAUGUUAUAUUGCUACACAAGGAUGUCUUCCAAAUACCAUUGGAGACUUUUGGCACAUGGUGUACCAAGAAAACACUCGAGUAAUCGUUAUGACAACGAAAGAAAUGGAAAGAGGAAAAAAUAAAUGUGCUCGAUAUUGGCCUGAAGAGGGAGAAAUUGCAGAAUACGGAGGCACAUGGAAAGUUAAUGCUCUUUCUUGUACUGUAACAGCAGAUUAUACUUUACGUGAAUUUUUACUGCAAGGAAACAAGCCAAACAACACGGUUGCCAGAAGAAUAUUCCAUUAUCAUUUUCAAGCAUGGCCUGAUCAUGGUGUACCGUCAGAUCCUGGUUGUGUUUUAAACUUUCUUCAUGAUGUAAAUGCUAGACAAGAAUUAAUAGCUGCAGCUGUUGCGUCAAAUACUCAAAAUGCACCAAGCAUGGGGCCAAUUCUUGUUCAUUGUAGCGCUGGAAUAGGAAGGACUGGAACUUUUAUUGUUAUUGAUAUGAUUUUGGAUCAAAUUAAACGCCACGGUCUUGAUUGUGAGAUCGAUAUUCAACGAACGAUUCAAAGAGUACGUUCUCAGAGAUCAGGUAUGGUACAGACUGAAGCACAAUAUAAAUUCGUUUAUCUUGCGGUAUUACAUUACAUUGAAACUGUAUCUCAGAGAAUGCAAGCUGAACAGAAAUCACUUCAGUUAGGUCGUGAAUAUACUAAUAUUCGAUUACGACGGUACUGAACGGUUUAAGAUCGUGUAGCGAAUAUGAUGAGGAAUGAGCCGCGGGAAGCUGCUCAAAGUAAAUAUUUUAAAAGUAUGACGAUUUUCACCGACGUAACUGGUAUCUCGGUUCGCUUAUUAAAAUUAUCAAGAAUUGAGCAAUUAAACCGAUUAUCACGUAAUUGGUAUAAUACACCGGAACCGAGAAAGCGUGGUUAUCGGGGAAAAAGAAGUGAAAGAAACAAAGAUGAUAAUUUAUUUCAUUGCCUAGCUCGGAUUGAAGAGCGAAACUCUCAAUCUACAAAAAGAGGUUAAGACUACCAAGAUUCUAUCUCGGAAUAAAAUGAAAAACAACUUUUGAAUAAUUGACAUAUAUAUGUGUAUAUAUAUGUAUAUAUAUAUGUGUAUAUAUAUAUAUAUAUACACACACAUAUAUAUAUAAUGAUAAAGAUGUGAAAUUCCGACAGAAAUAAAAGUAUAAGUAAUUAUAAAAAGGAAUAUGAUAAAUUUUAACAAGAUUGGACAAAGUAACUCGUAUCUUGAUGAUGUGAAAAUGAUAGAAAUAUUCGGACGAAAUCUGUUAUAUAAACAAGUCGCGUAUGUAUACAUUUUUCUAAUAGUACAAAACACGAGAGGUAUUCGAUUUAAUGUACGAGCGAAAGAUACAUAAACAAUACUCCUGUAUACAUAUCUUAUAAUCCCGAUACACGCAACAGAAAACAAAUUAUUAAACGAUCUUCCGACUAGAAAGAGAACUCACGAAAGAAACACAUGGAGACAUUGCUAUAAAUCGCAGCAUUGUAUGUAUCUAUAUGCCAUAUGUGCAUACUCACAUGCACUCAAGUACUUAUACAUGUUAAAAUGUUCAAAUCUAUAUAUAAAAGUUCUUAAGAAAAAAAAAUAAAAAAAAAAAAAUGAAAAAAAAAGAAAGAAAGAAAAAAAAAAGAAAAAAAGUAAACAGAAGUCUAAUACUUGUGAGCUUUGCUUGAAACGAAAUAAGAAAUAUCCUUUCAGAUGUUUCAUCAAUGAAUUGUCUCGACUUAUGAUCAGUCGUGAGUUUCAUCAAAACGAGCUUAUUCCUAGUCCAACGUUUAAUAUUUUCUGAAGCUAAGGAAAUAAGUAUAAAAACUUAUAUUCGUUGAGGAAAAAUUGAACUCAGCAGGAUAAAGUGUGUGUUCUACGAGAGAGAUAAACAAUGAUCGAGGCCAAGUAUACAGUGAUUCACUACAGGAACUUAACUUUGAGAGAGGUUAUGAACGAAAUUAUAAGACAUUUCGUAAAAUUGAAAAAGUCAAAUGGAUUAAAUAUCUGAAUUUAAUUAAAAACCUCCUGAAUAAACAAUCUUACAGAAAAUGGAUUA